AUCGCAAUUAAUGGAAACACAUUGACCACACGAACGGCACGGAUAUCUUUCAGUGUCAAUGUUAAAUUUUGUGGAAGAUGUGGCGUUAGUUUGACGGUUCAGUUUUUUCUCCUUGGAGGAAAAAAACGGUUAUUUGUGUAGCGUAGUCAGACAAGGAGACGAGCUUCUCGUGACAUCGACGUCAGACAAGACGAUGAGUUGCGUUAAAAUCGAGCGAAUUAUUUUCUGAGCUAACUCCCGAGUCUCCGUUUCCCACGAUGGUUCCCAUGAGAAGCAUAAUAUGGGUCAUGCUGUUCACUUGCACGUUCGUCUUGUACAUGCUGCGCACCAACUUGUCCAUCAUCAUUUUGGCGAUGGUAGAACCGUCGGCUGGCGUUUCGAACAGGACGUCCUCAGUGCCGGAAUGCGUCGCACUACAGCAACGCAGCGUGAAUUCUGAAGUCAGUCACGUUCACAGUACGCCGCACUAUGGCGUGCGGUACGACUGGGACACCAAGAUGCAGGGCAUGAUGCUGGGCGCUUACUUCUGGGGUUUCGUGGUCAAUGGAAUACCGGCGGGACCCUUAUCGGAAAGGUUCGGCCCUAGAAAAUGCGUGGCGGUCUCGUUCCUCGUGUCGACCUUUCUAACGCUGGUUUCCCCUCUGGCCGCCUCCAUCAGAGCCGAGCUAUUGAUCGCAUCGCGGUUUUUCAUCGGAUUGUUUGCCGCGUUGGUGUAUCCAGCUUGCCACGGCCUGAUCUCAAAAUGGGCACCUCCAGCGGAGAAAGGCAAGUUUGUCAGCGCUCUUUUAGGCGGCAAUCUCGGUACGGUAAUCACAUGGCCGAUGCUAGGCAGCGUAAUCGAAAACAUUAGCUGGGAAUGGGCGUUCUACAUUACCGGCAUCGUCGUCCUGCUCUGGUCGUUCGCGUGGAUCUUCCUCGUGUUCGACCACCCCGACAAGCACCCGUGGAUCAGCCCCGAGGAGAAGGAGUAUAUCAACAAGAGUCAUUCGGGAACCGUGUCCCACAAAAAGAGGGCGCCUCCUUACAAGCAAAUAUCCGUCUCGGUGCCUGCGUGGGCGUUGGUGGUCGCCCAAUUCGGAAACCUGUGGGGGUUAUUUUUCCUGAUGACUGCCGGCCCCAUCUAUCUCUCCACCGUUUUGGGAUUCGAUUUGGGCCGCACUGGGUUCCUGGCCGCUCUCCCAUAUUUGGCGCGCAUGAUUGCCGGAUUCGGAUUCGGGGCCAUCGGUGAUUUUUUGUUGAGAAGAGGUCUAAUGUCCAAGACCAAAAUCAGGAAAUGGUUUACGGUGUUUUCGCACAUCGUACCUGGAUUAUUUCUUAUCAUCCAAACCACCGUGGGUUGUGAAGUUAAUUGGGCUAUAGCCCUCAUCACCCUCUCGCUGGCAUCGAACGGAGCCAGCACCAUCACUAACCUCCAGAACGCGCAGGAUUUGGCGCCCAACUUCGCAGGCAGCAUGUACGCCAUUGCCAACUGCAUCGGUAGCACUACCGGCUUCAUUUCACCUCUAGUGGUGGGACACCUAACUGCGGAACGGAACGGCAUAUACGAAUGGCAAAUCAUUUUCUACAUCGGAGCUGCUGUCUACAUCGCUUGCGGAUUGUUUUUCAUAGCGUUCGGCAGUGGGGAAGUCCAACCCUGGAAUUACGAAGAAGAGACGGACGUGGGGAUCAGCGUCGGGACCGUUCGGGGUACAGAUAACAAGGCGUUCGACUCGUCGACCGUCGAUUAGGAUAUAGUUGUGUAGAUUUUUGACAAUAAACUCCGUA